CUACGUUAGGUUAACUAGGUUUUUCUAACCAUUACAACAUUGGCUAAUUAGCUAUCCAGCUUGACGUCUAGGGCCCUGUAACGUUGGUACUAUUGAGAUCGCUAACGUUAAGCCAAGCAUUGGCAUACUUCGCUGUGUUCCCUGAUCCCCAGCAGUGAAGUCAUGGACAGGGCUGCACGUGACCCCGCUGCUCUGGACUCCCAGUCGCCCGUGACAACCACCAGUCUGUUUGCUGAGCUUGGGUUGGCUCCGGAGGACGUGGACGCUCUUGCCCAGAUCCCCGAGAGCGAGAUCAGCAUCGAGACCCUCCCCUACCUCAUCAUGCAGCUCAAGGCUAAGAAGGCUGGCAUCCCAGCGCCCACAACAACCAAAUCUGAUGAUGCCCCCUCUCGACGUCAUGACGACAGUAACAACUCCACCGCCUCUCGCCAUGACAAUAGCAGCACCCCCACUGGCCCCAAAACUGGGAGGUCGUCGUCAGGGGCAACCAGAGGUCAUGGAGAAGGUGACGGAGGUCACAGGAGCCGGCGGGAGCUCAAGGGCCACAACAGGAGCCUGAGAGAGAAGUGGUACCCCAAUGGCCUUCCCAAGAUGCCUUUCUCUUGCCAGCUGGCUGAUUUCCAUGGUGAUGAGCCCCACUCUUUCCCCCACACCUGCAGUCUCUGCCAAUGCAAGGUCAACUCCAAAAAGACCUGGAAAGACCACCUCCACGGUGUCCGCCACGAGUCCUCCAGGAAGGAGCUCUUGCGCCUAUUUCCCACUUGGGAUCCCUACCAGCAAGGAACGUCAUCCCUCUAUCCCAAUGACACAGACCGCAGACCUGGGCGCUCCCUCAAACGCCCAAACCGUAACACAGGUGGACCGGUCCCCAGCUCCGACAUGCCCAAACCCAAGAGGGUGUUAUCAGGCCCUCUGAAGCCUCUCCAGCGCCCGGUCCCUAGAACCAGAGUGGUGGUGACCAAGUUCCCUCUGGGUUCUGUAACCGUGAGAGACUUAUUAGAACUGGCAGAACCAUUUGGAACAGUGGUCAAACAUCUGGUCUUCCCCUCCAAGGGUUUUCUCGAGUUCAACUCGCACACUGAGGCUCACGCCAUGGUGUCUCAUUUCUACGACAAGUUGGACUUCACCAAGCAGCACAAGAUCUACGUCUACCUCUCACCUACCGUUGCCAGCAUACAGAUCCCAGGGGGAGAGGACGCCAGGAGCCAGUCCAGGACGUCCAAGUGCGGAACCGCUCUCUUCUCUCGGCUGCCGGACCAGAAGGACACACAGGAGAAGGUUCUAGAAGUCGUCAGGAUGUUUGGAGAAGUGCGGCGUUCCAAGUUCAGCGGCUCAGAGGCCCAUAUUGAAAUGGUUGACCGUGAGGAUGCUCGUCUGAUGGUUAAGUACUACUAUGACCGUCCGCUGAAGAUCCUGGGCACCAAGGUCAGGGUGACCAUGCUGGCCGACCCCAAGCACACUCUGCGUGACAGUCCUGAGAAAAGCCACGGUGGGAGUCGACACAAGGGUGAAGACCAGUCGAAGCUGUCUUCGUCAUCAUCAUCCUCAAAUGACAGAAGUGGAGAUGCCACAGAGAGUUCUACAACAGCCAGUCAUUUAGAGAAGGCUGGUGAGGAUUCGCAUACAGAGGAGAGGCGCGUUAAGGGCGGACCCCGCGGUGAGGCCAGCCAACCAGAUGCUGAGUGGGCGGAGCUACGAGAGGAAGAUCUAGACCCUGAAGACGUGGAGGAGAUGGAGCUCGGAGACGAAGAUGAUGGUGGUGAUGGAGAGCGUGGCAACGAGGAAGAUGGGAUCCCCGUGGAGGAUGAAAGGGGGCUACUGGAGGAGGGGGACGAGGGCAUUGAGGAGGGUGCGGCUCCAUCUGAAAACCCCACCCUUGACUCCGCUCGGACAGCCAAUCCUGAGCAGGCUUCAGGAGACGAAGACAACCAGCAGGAGGAUGUAGAGAUCUCUGAUUUCCCUGAUAACCUGGACGACUUUGUUACCCUUGAUGAGUUGGACUCCGGCACAGACAUGCUUGAAACAAACGAGUUUCAGGGUGGGAAGGUGGUUCUGAUCCGACCCGUGAAGGGUUACCCCCCUGAGGAGGCGCUCCGCAAGCUGGCCACGCCGUUCGGGAAGGUGGUCAACCACACCAUCUCCCGCUACCGACAGGAGGCUCUGCUGCAGCUGCAGACAGAGGAACAGGUCAAGGACAUGGUGGCGUUCUAUAAGGGUUCUAAAGAGGGCGCCUUCAUCAACGGGAGACCAGUUACAGUCAGUGUGUGCCGGACACUCAAAGAGCUGGAGGGUCCCAGUGGGUGCUCCAUCUACGUCAGUAACCUGCCGAUGAGAAAGUUCUCAGACAUUGCCCUCCUGUGGAUGGCUAGACCUUUCGGAUCCGUGAAAGCCUACCGCAUAAACCGAGCACCGGGCAGUUGCUAUAUCCAGUUUCACAGCCCUGAGGCUGCUGAUGAGAUGGUCAAGAAGUAUGGCACUCGGCCCCCCACAUUCAAAGGCUCCGUCCUCACGGUGUGUCCCUGCCGGAAGCCAGACUCCACCAUCUCCUGGGUAACUCCAAGCAUACAGCUGGGACCGGUAGGAGGGAAGAAGGGAGAUGAGAACGGAGGAGAGGAGAGAGAGGCGCAGCUUCAAGAGGAAGAGAGAGGUGUGUGUGUGGGACAACACUGAUUCAUAAAGGCCUAG